CGUAGCGACAGAAGAAUGGUAGAAGGCGUUUGGCGCGGUUGGUAGACUAGCUGCUGACAGCGAGGGGAGAGGAGCUGAGGUCAGAUCUGCGGCUCGGCUGUCUUUUGUUAUUUCCCCUUGGAGAAGAGAUCGAGAGACUUAGAUCUUUUCUUGCGUUUAUACACGGAGAGAGGGUUUGUGCGUUCCCCCCCCCCCCAACUUGUUUUAUAGUCAGCCGUCUAUCUAAGCUUGCCCUGCGCAGGCGGACGGAAAUAUCUGGAAAAUGCCUCCCGUCGAAAAUGACACCGGGAAGAAGGAGCUCAAAUCUCAGAUACAGGAGCUUAUUGACGCCAAUCAAGUGAUGGUUUUCAGCAAAAGCUACUGCCCGUAUUGUAUAAAGGUGAAAGACUUGUUCAAAGAGCUGAAAGUCGAGUGCAAUGUGGUGGAACUGGAUCUCAUAGAUAAUGGGACAAACUAUCAGGAGAUGCUGCUUGAGAUGACCGGACAGCGAACAGUUCCUAACGUCUUCAUCAACAAGAAGCACAUUGGUGGCCUUGACAAAACAAUGCAGGCCCAUAAUGAUGGCAGCCUACAGCAGCUGCUGAACGGGGAAAAUGAAAAUUACGACUACGACCUGAUCGUCAUCGGAGGAGGUUCUGGAGGCCUGGCCUGCUCAAAGGAAGCUGCUACACUGGGGAAGAAGGUCAUGGUGUUGGAUUAUGUUGUGCCCACACCAAAAGGAACCACUUGGGGUCUUGGUGGAACAUGUGUGAAUGUGGGCUGCAUUCCCAAAAAGCUGAUGCACCAGACGGCUUUGCUGGGCACAGCCGUGCAGGACGCACGCAAGUUUGGCUGGGAGUUCGAUGAAACAGUGAAGCACAACUGGGAGACAAUGAAGACAGCUGUUAAUAACUACAUUGGCUCCCUGAACUGGGGCUACAGGGUAGCACUGAGGGACAAGAAUGUCAACUAUGUCAAUGCCUACGCAGAGUUCGUUGAACCACACAAAAUCAAGGCUACAAACAAACGAGGGAAGGAGACGUUCUACACAGCAGCCAAGUUUGUCUUGGCUACGGGCGAGAGGCCACGUUACCUGGGCAUUCCUGGAGACAAGGAGCACUGCAUCACCAGUGAUGACCUCUUCUCAUUGCCUUACUGCCCGGGGAAGACUUUGGUGGUCGGGGCAUCCUAUGUGGCUCUGGAGUGCGGCGGCUUCCUGGCCGGCCUGGGGCUCGAUGUCACCGUCAUGGUACGGUCCAUCCUGCUGAGGGGCUUUGACCAGGACAUGGCCAACCGCGCUGGAGAACACAUGGGGGAGCACGGCGUCAAGUUCAUCCGCAAAUAUGUACCCACAAAGAUCGAGCAGCUGGAAGCAGGAACUCCUGGCAGGCUGAAGGUGACGGCCAAGUCCACAGAAACUGAUGAGAUCAUCGAGGGCGAGUACAACACCGUGUUGAUAGCAGUGGGUCGAGACGCAUGCACAGACAAGAUUGGCCUGGACAAGGCAGGAGUCAAGGUCAACCCAAAGAAUGGAAAAAUUCCGGUCAACGAUGAAGAGCAGACCAAUGUGCCCCAUAUCUAUGCCAUUGGUGACAUCCUGGAAGGCAAGUGGGAGCUGACACCUGUAGCCAUCCAGGCUGGCAAGCUACUGGCCCGACGCCUCUACAAAGGAUCAACCAUCAAGUGCGACUACAUCAAUGUUCCCACCACAGUCUUCACCCCGCUGGAGUACGGUUCCUGCGGUCUGUCAGAGGAGAAAGCCAUCGAGCUGUAUGGCCAGGAAAACUUGGAGGUGUACCACAGUCUCUUCUGGCCUCUGGAGUUCACCGUGCCCGGCAGGGACAACAACAAAUGCUAUGCCAAGAUCAUCUGCAAUAAACUGGACAAUGAUCGAGUCAUCGGUUUCCACUACCUGGGACCGAACGCAGGAGAGGUGACGCAGGGCUUCGGUGUUGCCAUGAAAUGUGGUGCCACCAAGGAGCAGCUGGACAUCACCAUCGGCAUCCACCCAACCUGUGCUGAGAUCUUUACCACUAUGGAUGUGACCAAGAGUUCCGGUGGAGACAUCACACAGGCCGGCUGCUGAGGUUAAACCCUGCUCGUUUAGCAGGCUGCUCUCACAUUAGACUCCCCUACCAAACCCUCUCCUCCUAACUCCCAGUCACCCUUUAAGCUCAGCCUUACCUCCAGGCCCUCAUUGUACAGGGCAUUUAUUUCUCAGGAUGAACCUACCACCAUGGCCAGCACCUGAAGCAGUAAAACAUACACUUAGUGGGGCUGGGAGCUACAAGGUAACUAGAGGCGGUCAGGGCUGAAGAUGUGCGCAUCUUUUGGCUCUGGCUGAGGGAAUCUGAUCUGACAGCUGCCUGCUGAACAGCGGGGUUACUCUGCUGAUGUUUCUACUGGGCUCCACCAGCGUGUCAUUCUCAGAGAAGCACCACCACACACUUCUCCUGUGCGUGUGUGUAUUUGGGCUGUUUUUGACGUCCUUGCCUGUAACCUUAAAUAAUUAGGUGGGCAAGGAUCGAUGUCCCUCUGCAGAAGCACCUGAUGGUGGCCCAAACCCUUCGUCCACCCCCCCACCCAACUUCAAAGCAUGUCAUUCACCUCUCGUGCACAGAGGGGUGCACACACUCAAAUUGACUGAUCAAGAAUUGGCUCGUUACAGGGUUUGAAUGGAUGCACAAUUAUGGUGCACGCAUAGGUUAUCACCAUGCCUUCAUCAUUCCAUACAUCCUUCUUUGCAGGACUUUAAGCUGAGUUUGAGAUGUAUACAUGUCCUUGUCAAUAUUUAUCUUUGCUUUGUGGAAGCACCAGAGUUUUCACACUUGGAGAAACUUCUGAGGCGUUGAGCCUGGAAACCUUUCAGAUGUUUCAAAUAAGUGAGGAAACUUCCACCUGCAUUAUACUGAUGGUUGUGUUUGUACUUCAAAAACUCAGUUUUUAAUUUAAUGACUGCUUGUUGCAUUUUACUGUCUCUGCAUUGUUUGUAUGUUAAAUGUAUGUAUGUCUUGUAGAGACUAGUUUGUGUCGAACAUGUAGACUACUUCUGUCGGUGUUAAAUAAAGGCGUGUCCACCUGCA